AACCAAGAUGGAUAAUACCGUACUCCACCCCAAUUCCCUGUCCAAGCCAACCGAAGGCCUCCAAAUCAGAACAAGAAGGAGGCAACCAGGUUCAAGUAAGGAAGCAAAGCCUAGUGAGCCUAACCCGAUCAGGCAGGAGAAGAAGCUCAGUUGGAUGGAAGCUUACAGGCUCCUUUCUCAUAUAACAAACAGAUGAAAGAUCACGAUGGCACAGAACAAUAGAUUUGCAAGGAAAUCUUCUCAAAGACCAAGAAGAGUCACAAGCCCUGAGAAAAACUUCAGAUAUUUUGACAAGAGAAGAAAUACAAGAUCUCCAAACCAAAUACAACGCUUUCCUCUCUUAAAAUCCCCAAAAACCUCUCUUCAUAACCACAAAAUGUCAAGACCAGCUGAAAGUGUCAUAAACCCCAAUGACUCUCGACUCAAAAUAUUCAAGCUCUAUACAACUCUAAACUGGCACAACCCCAGAAUCAGCAAGAGAUCUGACGUUUAUAAAUAACUUUCUACAAAAUAGCUAUCCCCUCCACCCUAAGAUC